UAUGAUGCAGUCUGCAAAGCCAGAACUAUGCUUCAAAAAGCUAUUCAGGAGGAUUCGAAGAAGAAGAUAACAGAGGUACAGGAGAUGUUAAAACUAAGAGAAUUCGUUCUAAGAGUUGUAAAAGAAGAAGGAUGGAAUGUGGCAGCAAAGAUAUCAAAACCAACCUCUAAUAAAAAUGAUAAAUUUAGAAAAUUACUAACUGAAGCAAGAAAACAGGCAAAACCUUCUGAAAGAUUUUACACAUCAUAUAGCAGAGGAACCUAG